AUGAAAGUUGUAGGGUACACAAAUACAAGCAUUGAUAAAGAAGGCAUUAAUCAAUCACUUCAAGGAGAAGAAUUAAUUGGACAACUUAUUGGAGUAGAGAACAAAAUCCACACAUCAGAUCAUCGCCGAACGAUCCACAUGCAAGAUGAAAGGAAAAACAGUAUUGCGGUAACGUUGUGGGGACCCCAAGCUGAUCUGGUCCCAGAUGACAUACCAGACAAUGGAGCACAACCACAGAUAGUAAUAAUCACAGCUACACGCUUAACAAUGUUCAAAGGGAACUAUCAACUCAAUUCCACAGGAGGAACUAAGAUCUACAUCAAUCUAAACAUCCUAGAAGUGGAACAUUUCAAGAGAGACAUGGUAGAUGUCCCGCUACAAGAAAUAGGUCGAAUACAGGUCACCCAGCCAGAGAGCUUAGAGGAGGCGAUGACCAAGAACCGAAAAACAAUAACAGAACUACAACAACUAUACAUGGAGAGAGAAGAAAAUGAGGAUUUGAAAACCACUUACACUUGCGUGGCAAAAAUUUCAUUCAUCCAUGACGAAGAGUGUGGCUGGAUGUACACUUCAUGUAACAAUUGCAAAUCAAGGGUGGAUGAGAACCAAUACUGCAACAAAUGUCAAGUAGUCCCAGAAUUCCCCAUCGAUAGGUGGAGUAUACAAACACAAUGCCAUUUUGCUAUAUUGUACCACAAUCAAAUCAAAAUAACACAUUUCAAUUAUUAUAGGUACCGAUUAAUUGCGACAAUUGAUGACGGGAACGCAACAAUGACUGUGGGGAUUUUUGACAAAGACGUGGAGAAUCUAAUUGGCAAACCAAUAACAUCAAUGAUGAAGAUUUAUGAGCAGGAAAAGGGAGCGGAAAAGGUCUCAAAAGAGCUACAACAAUGCAUCGGGAAAAAAUGUACACUCAAGCUCAAAGUUAACACCAAGGGAUACAUUCAAGAGCUAACUGCUAUUAAGAUCUUCCAUGUGGAAACGGAUGACAAAAUAGUUGCAAAACGACAAGGGAAGGAGGUCCUAAAACAAAUAAAAAAGGAAGGCGAGCCAAACAAGAAAGCCAAAAUGAUUGGGUAA